AUGCUCAACGCUCGCAGCGGUUGGAUCGAUUGGUACAACUCCAUCGAAGACCUUGCUAAGCGGAACGAGGUUUGGAAGUACUGCGAUCCGCUAGGCAUCGAGAAUCUUGUCUUCACAUCAACAAAACCAUUAGACUCAGCAAGCAAGGACACCAUCUAG